CGCCGCGCGAUGCAUCCUGGGAUGGCGCCCGGCGGCGGUGGUCCGCCUGUUUCCCAGCCUGCCCCAGCGCGCUGAAUGGGGCAGACGCAAGAUGGCUGCGAACGCGAAUUCGGGCGGCGGCGGUGGGUCGCUGUUCGAGUGCCCGAGCUGGGCAGGAAAACCUCCACCUGGCCUUCAUUUGGAUGUUGUGAAAGGAGACAAACUUAUUGAGAAACUGAUCAUUGAUGAGAAGAAGUAUUAUCUGUUUGGGAGAAACCCUGAUCUGUGCGAUUUUACCAUUGAUCACCAGUCCUGCUCUCGGGUCCAUGCUGCUUUGGUCUAUCACAAACAUCUUAAAAGGGUUUUCCUCAUAGAUCUUAACAGCACACAUGGUACAUUCUUGGGUCAUAUACGUUUGGAACCUCACAAACCCCAGCAGAUUCCCAUUGACUCCACGGUUUCAUUUGGUGCCUCUACACGAGCAUACACUCUGCGAGAGAAGCCUCAGACGCUGCCAUCAGCAGUUAAAGGAGAUGAGAAGAUGGGCGGUGAAGAUGAGGAGCUCAAAGGCUUGCUGGGCCUGCCAGAGGAAGAGACAGAGCUUGAUAACCUGACAGAGUUUAACACAGCCCAUAACAAGAGAAUUUCAACUCUCACCAUAGAAGAAGGGAACUUGGAUAUCCAGAGACCAAAGAGAAAACGGAAGAACUCAAGAGUGACAUUCAGUGAUGAUGAUGAGAUAAUCAAUCCAGAGGAUGUGGACCCCUCCGUUGGGCGUUUCAGAAACAUGGUACAGACAGCAGUAGUUCCAGUUAAGAAAAAACGGAUGGAAAACUCGGGCUCACUGACCACGGAUGAAUCUUCAACACGGCGCAUGCAAAACUUCCCCUACAGUGGAGGAUUAUAUGGUGGCUUACCUCCCACCCACAAUGAGGCAGGUUCCCAGUCACAUGGCGUUCAUGGGACAGCACUGAUUGGAGGCCUGCCCAUGCCGUACCCUAAUCUUGCCCCUGAUGUGGACUUGACUCCCGUUGUGCCAUCAACAGUUAACAUGAACCCUGCCCCGAACCCUGCUGUCUUUAAUCCUGAAGCUGUGAAUGAACCCAAGAAGAAGAAAUAUGCAAAGGAGGCCUGGCCAGGCAAGAAGCCCACCCCUUCUCUACUGAUCUGAGAUGGGCUUUGUUUGGGGGCGGGGGGUGAUGAACUUGAGAAACUGUUUGUGUGCAGUAUCGUCUUUUUUAAAUUUAUGUCCUAACUGCACGUAAUAUCCAGACGGAAGAGUGAUUUAUCCCUUAAAGAUCUGUCUUCAGAACGUUUUUUAUAUGAAUGUAAAAAUACAUAUCCCACCUACUUUUGAACCAAAUUGUCUAGCAGCCUUUUCUCUUUGCCAUUAAUUUAGAGAGAAACUUCAGAGUCAGUAAGCCUGGUGAGAAUAAAGGGAUAGUGUCAAGUAAUUUAGGCCUCAGACUUUUAACAUAAUCCUGCAAACACACAAGACUAGGUGUAGUGCUUAUACUGUGAGUAACUUGACUCCAGUUAUAGUGUUCAUAGUAGUUCACACUACUUCAGAAGUCAGUGCUUGCAGGGUCACACCUAAAUUCAAUACUUAAUCAAGUCAUUAGGAGUAAAUUUAAACAAUUACUAAAUGAUAUAAGUAAAAUAACUUUCAUUUUUACUUUUACAAAACCUUACGACAGGUUUCUGUUUGAGUGCAAGCAUUCUUUUGUUGUAUUUGCCAUCUUGAACAUGGGUACAUGUAAUGCCCUCACAAGGACUGGAGAUGUGGUCAGAAAAGUAAAACUGAAACUAAGUAGACAGUUUUCUCUAAACAUUCUGUUAAACCUGAAAAGCAAAUAGCAAAGAAAUGACAAAUACCAUUGUAGUAACAGCUGUCUUAUAACACACACAAGGACAUAUGUGAACCUUU